AUGGCUUCCGAGAGUAUGCCGCCUUGUAUCGUGGGACUGCUCCAGAGCCUGCAACCGUCGUCCGACUGGACGAUCCGCGUGCAGGCGCUGCGAACGAUCGCCGAGUGGGCGACGUGGGAGCGUAGUCAGAGCUCCCACUGCUUUCUCAACGGCGUGCACGAGCUUCGAGACGCGAUUGCCAACCACGUGUGCGACUUGCGCUCGGCGGUCGUCAAGGAGGCCUGCGCGACCAUCGCAGUGCUCGCAUCGACGAUGAAAGAGGCCGCGUUCCAGGCCCACAUCGACGUCUUUCUUUCGAGUCUUCUCAAGGCCGUCGUCGCCUCCAUCGAGGUGGUGGCGCAGGCAGCCGACGACUGCAUCCGGACCAUGCUCCAGAACACACGCACGGGCCACUACUCGGUCUUGCCCAAGCUGACCGAGGCGGCGGCGUCCAAGAGCCCGACCUUGCGCCGCGUUUGCAUCGAGUACUUUGACGUGAUCACGGUGGCGUGGAAUGCCAAGUUUUUGCUACGACACAAUGUGCCCGACUGCAUGGCCAAACACCUCUUGCUCGGUCUCUGCGACGCCAACAGCGCAGUCCGCGCCUCCAGUCGCAAGACGUUCUGGACAUUCCAAGCACGGUUUCCGGGAAAGGCCAAGCUGGUCUGGGAGAAGCUUGAAUACACAACGAAAAGCGCGCUCCUCCAAGGCGGGUCCGUGGCCGCCUUUGACGACAAGAGCAUUCACUCUCCCCACGAAAGCGACGUGAGCAGUCAGACCAGCUACGGAUUGAGCGCGGUCUUUGCCCGUUUGUAUCAACCGCACUACUUCCAAGACCGCGCGCUGCGGCUCGCCAAGCUCAAAGAGGAGCAGGACCUGCGGCUGUGUACCUUUACCCCCGCGAAGAGGCGUCUCCAGCGCACCAAGAGCAGCAAGGGAAAAGCUCUCAGCGUCACACUGCCGUCGCCGCCGCCGUACGCAGAGAUAGUGUCCAAGCGCCACGCCUCGACGGUCGCCUGCAGCUAA